AUGUCGGAGGGCAGCGACUUGGAUGGCGGCCAUGAUGAAGAUGAGAGCAGCGUGGGGAUGCUCACGAAGCAGCAGCAGGAAGAGCUGGAUUUUACAAAGAUCAAGGUGAACAUGCAGAAUGAGAAGUACCUCCUGGCUCACCCUGAGAUCCGAGAGAUGAUCAGUGUCUUCGUGCAUCAGGUCUUGGAAUACAAGCCAGACAACAUCCUUUGCUUUGCCGGUGACUUCUUCACCAGGGAGGAUUUGUUGGACUUCGUCAAGAAGAAGAGCCAGGAUGCACGAGAGGCUGCGGGACUGGUCGCUUGA